CAUCUACAUCCUGCUCAAGCACAUGGUGGACCGGCACAACCUCUACUUUGUCUAUCUCCCGGCCAAGCUGGAGAAGAGGCUGCACUUCGCUGCCGUGAACCAGGCCUUGGCUGCGCCCAUCCUCUGCCUCUUCUGGCUCUUCUUUUUCUCCUUUCUGCGCCUGGGUCUGCAGGCCCCUGCCACCCUGUUCACCCUCCUGGCUGUGCUGCUCACCAUCGUGGUCUGCCUGGCGUAUACCUGCUUUGGCUGCUUCCGGCACCUCAGCCCUCUCUACUACAAGGUACAGGACCCAAGGAGACCAUGGCGUCCCCAGCCAUCCCCACCCUUUCCUGUAUCAACACAGCAGCAACCUUCUUCAAUUCCACCCCUAUCUGGGAAAGGCAAGGGUAUUAGGGUCUGACAUGGCACUUCCCUCCCCGUCUCUGCCCUCUUGGGUGUCUCUCUCUCUCUCUCUCUCUCUC